AAUAAAUCUAUUUGCAUUGCAAAAGUACAAAAAGAUUUAAUGUACAACAAUUAUGAAUACUUUAAGAAAAAUAGAGCAAUUCAUUGAAUUGUGUCUUGUACCAAAACUUAACAAGAACUAUGAUGAAUGCAAAAAUCAUUCUGAAUUUGGAAUUCGUAACAAAAACUUGGAUAAAAACUUUUACCUGCUCCUAAAACAACUCGAGGCAAUUAAUUUCAAGAACUGUAAUAAUCCCGAAUCGGUUAUAUCACAACUAUUGAUCUUGUAUACUGAACUAUCAAGUAAAAACACAUGGGACGAAGCAAAUUGUUUGAAGUGCUCUGAAAAACUGAAUUGCUAUUUUCAUACAUUCUACGAAAUAAAUCUUACAGACGUAUUAUUUCAAAACUCUGUAUUCAACCAUCAGGAAAUUUUUGACAAGUGUUUUGAAAACUUACAUAUAAAAUUGUCUCCAGCUGAAUUUAAAAAGUAUCCAGCUCAAAUUGACGUAUAUCUUAGACUAAUCAAAGAUAUAAAAAGAUAUAAUGUGACCAUAGUACCCUCAAAAAUACUACCCACAUCUCUUAAUCUAAUAGAUGACUAUAUAAUAGAGAAUAAGCUAAAUGGAUUAAAAUCUUGCCUUGCAAUAUUGCAGUGUUUGAAUAAAGAUGCAUUUGAGAAGGGGAAUUAUUAUGAAGUAGUAUAUUUAAGUCUUAAGAAACUUAUAACAGAAAAAGACAUUGAAGCAACAAAAUUAGUUUUUGAAUGUUUGUUAACAUUAUACCAUAUUCUACCAGCUAAUAGUCAGAAACAAAAACUAGAUGAAAUAUAUAAUGCAGUAUUGGAUCAACUUAUUAUUGAAUCAAAUCUGUAUAGAAAAGCUGAAUGUCUAAAGUUUACAAAGACUAUAAUAUCAAUUCAUAAAAUACACUGUUGCAAUAGAAUAAUAUUUUUUUCCAUAAUUUCCGAUAACUUAGAUUUGUGCUGUAAUGAAGCUGUGAGUGAAGUACUGCUGGAAAUUGUACUACAGACAUUAAAAGAAUGGGUAAAAUAUUGCUGGUGUGUGUGGAAAUUUUCUACGGGGCAUAAAAUUAUUUCAAAUCUUUUUAAAGUUUUAUAUUGUUGUAAAGAUGAACGCUUGGUAACAGAAGUGCACAAUUUACUUGUAACAUUAAUAAAAUUGUGUGAUGAUACAGAGAAAAAAAUUAUUAUAAAUAAUUUGGAAGUUGUUGAUCAUACUAUUAAAAAAUAA